UGAGCGUGCGUCAAGAUUCAGCCUUUGGUUCCUUCUCGGCAAGUUCACCUCUCGAGUUUCGGCAGCCCAAACAUUUCCUGUUUCUGUGCUCACAGGUGUCUCAAAUCUCUUCAGACGAAAAGUCUGAGGAAUAACAUUUGGAAUAAUCUGCGUCCGAGCGGUGUGAUGAUGGAUUCACGGGUUGUUGUCGCUGCUUUGCUGCUUGUCUUCGGUUUGGCGACGGUUUUCGCCCAGUCUACAACACCUAACCACGUGUGCGAGACGAAGAAUGGGACAAGCUGUGAGGAAUGUCUGAAAAAUGUGACGUGUCUCUGGUGCAUCACCACCAAGUCGUGUGUUACAUACCCAGUGAGGACCAUCCUUCCACCCCAUUCACUCUGUCCGCUGAACGAUGCACGCUGGGGCCUCUGCUGGAUGAACUUCCAGACGCUGAUAAUCACCUUGGCAGUGAUCGGAGGAAUCAUCAUCAUCGCCCUUCUGGUUUGCCUGUUCUGCUGCUGCAAGUGUGAGAACUUCGGAUCCAAGAGGUUCGAAGCCAAGAUGCAGAAACAGGCCAAUAAGAUGAAAACCAAGCAGGAAGAAAGGAGGGCAGAAAUGAAACAGAGGCAUGACGAUAUCAGGAAGAAAUAUGGUCUGAGUGGACAAAAUCCAUACUCCAAAUUUGCAUGAGAGGAUCUGAGAUUUACACCACCACCCUUCUGUUUGCCCGCUGACCUCUCAUACAACAAACAUCAGUUAACUCUCUUGUGGUUGUGAGUAAAGGCAUGAUAAUUACUGUAAACUAUGACUAAGAGAAUUUUAGGAAGGUGAAAUCAGUUUUGUAUAGAAAGUCUCGUCUGGCCGAUGAACAGGAAUGUUGUGUUCAAUGUGAUGACCUGAGAGGCUGUAACCAAAGUGUCAGCAUUGUUCUUCAAGACUAUAACGGUCUAUCCUGUGGCUAUAUAGCAUCAGUCUGCUUAUACUAUUUAUUAGGUCUUGUAGAGUUGACUUGUACAGAUAGGAAAAUAAUCCAUUGAAUAAUUCUUUCCUUUUGCUCAAUAAAAAUCUGUUGCAUCUACAAGUUUCAUCUGUUUUGCUCCUCUGAGCUGCUGCUGAUUUAGUGAUAUACGUACGUAGAAAAUAAGAACCUAUUUUUGUAUUUUGUGUGAUUAUUCUCUUGUUUCAAAUGGACUCAUUCCUAUUCUGACAUGUAUAGGAGGCCAUAUUUAUUGUCUUACUGCUAUAUGUUCCACUAACAGAGAAGAUUUUUUCAAGGCAUUAGAUUUGAUCAACAUUAAAUCUUAUCUUCACCCGCAGAAAGUAACCAUUACCUUGAGUUGAAUGUGUUGAUCCUAAAGUUGGAUUGAAGUCUGCCUAAUUCUACAUUUGCCUGUAUAUCCUGUAGAGACACAAGCCAAUAAAAGACUUUGGACUAAUCACGAA